AUGGCUCUAUUGCAUGUUUCACCAAGAAUCGAAAUACCACUAGUGUUGUCGCAUAACUCAACAGAAUCGGUAAUAGUAUUGACACUACUACCGAACUCAGGUUUCAGGCACGCGACCGCUGACACCCCGGCUCAGUCCCCGUCUCUGCAGCAGACUAUGGCUCAGCUCUCAUCCCUCGACCCAGCCCUGUCGGCUCUGCAGGUUCCUUCCCCUGACCAAUGCCUUGCUUUCCUCCUAGCCACCUGUCUCCACAUCCCCCUGGCCAGGCCUAACACCAACCUCCACCAUGAUGUUUUCAACCCUACCUCUUCACCCACUCACUUUGGAUCCAUGCAAACACAAUUGCAUGCUUGGCACAACUUGCUCAAUGGCUACCCUGACCUCCAAUUUGUCCACCAGGUCACAGGCAUGAUCCAAUUUGGGUGCCUACUUGGCUAUGAUGGACCACUAUGCAACACCUCCCACCACACUCCUAACCUUCCCAUUGACAAGGCUGGCCAUGCCCAUCUACACUGCAAGAUUGCUGCCAGGCUCAAGGAGGGCCACUUGUCCAUCAUCCAACCCAACCAACCUUUGUCCCUAAUUGACUAUGUCCACAGCAACCCUGGCUGUCUGCUCUGGAAGAGAGACCUAGAGGACACCUUCUGUCAUGUGGUUACAGCCAAGGUUGAUGCUUCCCUCCUUGGCUUCCACUAUGGCAAUGUUCGAUACCAGGAGAAUGCCCUCACCUUUGGUGGCAGCAGUUCACCUUUCCUCUUCAACCUGGUUGUGGAGGCUCUCCACUGGGUUGUCACUUCAUGUCUACCUGCAGCCUGGCCCCUCAACCAUUACCUUGAUGACACUUUUGGUGCUGUCCCAGCUGAAGUGCAUGACCUCUCCCUCCUCCCUGUCCAUGUCCUUGCCCUGGCAGCAGCUGCUCUAGGGCUACACUUGUCUGCCAAGAAGACCUUUGCUGGCCUCACCCACCUGGAGGUCCUCAGCAUUGAGAUCAACUCUGUUGCCCAAACUGUUGGCAUCACUGAGGACUGA